AUGAAUCCAUCACCAGCAGCAAUUUUAACUGGUCAUGAUAGAGAAAUAACAUGUUUAUGGAUAUCAGCUGAACUUGGUAUUGUUUUAAGUGAUAGUGAACAAAGUCUUGUACUUCAACAUACACUUAAUGGUGAUAUAU